AUGGUAUUUUUUAUCAAGUGGGAUGAUGUGCUUGGGUUCAUUUACGUUUGCGCGUGGUCUGUAUCUAUGUAUCCCCCAGUGAUCAAGAACUGGAUGGAAGGGUCCUCUACGGCAAUCUCGAUGGAUUUCGUAAUACUCAAUACAACUGGGUACUUCUAUUUACUUGUAUCAUUCAUUCUACAAUUGAGUUUUUGGGUUCCUAUAAGUGCGGCUAUAAUGAAAGGGGAUGGAAGUGUGGAGAAGUUGAUCGUUAGACCUAAAGUUACAAACUUUGAUUAUUGGUACUGUCUCCAUGGAUUCAUUAUGAACUGGGUGCUGGUAAGCCAGGUUAUAUAUGGCUCUGCCCUUUGGAAGUUCAAAGUGGAAUUGCACACCCGCAGGAUGAAAUCGAUUUAUCUGAAGUAUUGGUUACUUUCCAUCAUAAUAUUUACUGGUUUAUCAAUCAAGUUUUUUCGAGAAAAUGCGAUAGUUGGCUGGCAGAAUUCAAGAACUCUUAAUUAUUGCAAUAAUCUGUUUCUCUUGAAGAUUUCGAUGUCAUUGGUUAAGUAUAUACCACAAGUACUCCAUAACUAUGAGAGAAAAUCAAUGAAUGGAUUCGCCAUCCAAAGUGUUUUUCUGGAUGUUAUUGGUGGUGUGGCAUCUUUGUUACAAUUGGUCUGUCAGUUGAGAGAAGAUAAGGGGUUCAACUAUAUCACAUUCGUAGCGAAUUUUGGAAAAAUUGGUUUAGCGUUGGUAACACUUAUCUUUAACUUUACGUUUAUCUCGCAAUGGAAAUUAUAUGGGGAGUAG